AUGUAUUAAUAUCCAUUCUAUACCUUGUCUCCUUAACCUUCAACUGUUGCACCUUAAAAAAAAUUACUCAAAGAUUAAUAUGAAGUUCUUUAGAUAGAACUAGGAAGUGGAACUUAUGGUAAAGUUAAAUUAGCAUUGAAUCAUAAGAUUAAUAAGAAAUUUGCAAUAAAAAUAGUAAUUAUUUAACAUAUAUAGAUUUCAAAAAGCUAUAUGAAAUAAAUUUUUGCAACUUAGCACAUAUUGAAUGAAUUAAAUUAUUUAUAAGGAUGUAAACAUAAAAAUAUUGUGGAAUAUAUUGAACAUUUUGAAGAUAGAGAUAAUAUAUAUAUAGUUUUAGAGUAUUGUGAAUAAGGAACCUUAGAUGAAUUGAUAAAAAUAAAAUAAAAAUUAACUGAAGAAAAAGCCUUCCAUUAUUUUUAUUAAAUAGCUUAAGCUAUUUUGUAUUUGCAUGAAAAAGAUAUAAUUCAUAGAGACAUAAAAGCUGAUAAUAUUUUAUUGUAAAAUAACAAUGUAAAAGUAUGUGAUUUCAAUUGGUCAAUCUUUUUACCUAAUGGUGGUAAAGCCAAACCGUGUGUUUGUGGUACUACUGAAUAUAUGCCACCAGAAGUAAUCACUAAAUAAAAACAUGACAAAGGUGUUGAUAUUUGGUCUUUGGGAAUACUAUUAUAUGUAAUUUUAGAUCAUUUAUAAUUUACAGUAUAUGUUACAUGGUGAAUUAUUAUUUAGAUCAAAACACAAGGAAGAGUUGUAUGAAAAAAUUUGCAAUAAAUAAUAAAUUAAAUUUAAUGAGAAAUUGUCUAAUGAAUGCAUAUUGUUGUUUUAAUAAAUGUUAGCUCAUUAAAAGCGAAUUAAUAUAUAAUAAGUGUUGAAUUCUGAUUGGGUUAUUAAAAUGUUGAAAUGUAAACAAAAUUAGAAUUAACUUGAAUUAACUCCUAUUAAGUGUCGUUCAACAGCUCAAGAAUCAACAAGAGUUAGCAUAGUUUCUGAUUCUAGUCGUUUUUCGAAUUCUAAGUUUACUGCUAAAUCUUUGUAUACUGAAUCUCCUUAUAAAUCCAAGAAUCAAAACCAAGAAAUUUAGCAUCCUAUGAAGGUUAGAAGUUCCGCUUUGGAUCAAAACAAUCCUGCUUUUAGAGUUGAAAAAAGAUAUUUUUAUUGA